GUCGGCCGGAAGACCUUCAAAAUCAGACGGGGGCACGCUAGAACCUAACGAAUGUUUGACCAUAAAACUAUUCCACUAAACUUGAUUCAGGAUCUUCCGGGAAAGUAAUAAAGUAAAGAAUUUUUUUUUUUUUACGCAGCUAAACCAGAGUGGUACAACAAUAUAAUAGAUCUAAAAGACAAUCUCUGCUCGUAAUAUCAGCCGCGCCAUACAUAAACGACAAGCCUGGCCACGAAACAACCCCCCGCAAGGCGCCAGCCUCGACCUGCCAUUAGCGCACUUGGCAGCUAUCCGCAGUAUAGGCAGCCACUUAAAGCCACCCGAUUAUAUCACUCUGAACAUCAUCCCGACCCGCCAGCUGGAAACAUGUCUUAUACAUAACCGACAGCUCAACUUCCGACAUGUCGCAUCCCUUCGUAGAAGCCCUCAGACCCCAAAAGCGAAAUGUGAGCUGGACAGAUUGGCUUCGCACCCAGCUGUCCCGUCUGGGGAUCGGCGGCUCUACGACGCCGCCACUGUUGCACCUGUUCGACUACCUACCGAAACAGAAGCAUAUCCUGAUCACAGGCUUGGACGCCGCUGGCAAGUCAACGCUACUACGGAAGUACCUGUCGCCGAACGGCGACGAGGGCGUUGUAACCCAUCGUCCAGCGCUGGGCUGUCUGGUAGAGGAGACAUGCCACGGCAACGUGUAUUUCUACACGCUCGACCUGGGCGGCGGGAGGCCCCGUGCUGUGAUGAAUAUGGAGCGGGAAAUCAUCGCGGACAUGGACGCGGUCGUCUGGGUGCUGGACUCGACCGAUCGCGACCGGCUGGUGGAGGCCAAGGAGGAGAUGGCGCGCAUGAUCUGCGGUGCCGCGGGGUUGGGCAGGGACAAGCCGGUGCUGCUCCUGGCGAACAAGCAGCAGGUCUUCACGGAGAAGGGCGACUGCGUUCCUGCCAUAGAGUACAGCGAGGCUGGAAACCUUUUUGUGCACGUGUUGGGCGAUCGGAGAUGGUAUGUCGAAGAUACUGACUUGAUUUGUGGGCUUGGGGUGUGGCCGGCGUUUGUGUGGUUGGGCGACGAUGUAGGGAAUUUCGGAGAGGAGCGACAGCCCGUUGAAGAUUGGGCCAAAGCGGUCCGAACCGCGUUGCAUGGAGCGCAGAAAACGGGAUUAGUGAGAUGUUGAGCAUAUCUCGGUAUUAGUUCGCAACCACUAAAGGUAAUCGUACACCCAAAGCGGAAUCUAGAACCAUACGUCGCCAGCAUUGAU